GGAAUGAGAAGAAAUUCAAGAACGUAGUCCGCCCAUCAUCUUUGAACGAACAUUUUGUCACUGUAGCAGUUAAUAGGGGAAAAAAGGGCCGCUCCAAGAAGCAGCAAACAAAGGAAAACAACCCAUCAACAUCAGAAGAAAAAGUUUCACCAGAUUACUUGGAGAGGACCUUUUUGGUUGGUAUCAUUGCUCAGCUGAGCUAGCAAUGGCUAAUGAUGAUGAUUUCACGUUUUGUCAGGUUGGUGAACCUGAUAAUCAAGAUUAUGUGGAUGCAAAGAAAUUUGCUCAAGAUAUUAGUAAAAUUAGAAUAAAAGAUGAGCCCUCAAAUGAUGCUGGUUCUGGUCAAAGUAAUGGUGCACCAGUGGAAGGUAAAUUGGGCAGUGAUGCUACCACAAAGAAGCAGGAAACAGUUGGUUCUUUGUCUUUCACUGUUAUAGACACAUCUCCAGGCAAGCAAGUGAGCGGAAUAUCUGGUCAAGUGGCAUCAAGAGACGGUGGAUCUUCUGUCCCAACUUCUCAGAAACAGAUAAAGCCUGCUAGGAAGCCUGCAGCUCGAGCCAAGGUUCCCUUUGAGAAGGGUUAUAGCCAGAUGGACUGGCUUAAGCUUACAAGAACACAUCCUGACCUUGCAGGAUUGAAAGGACAGUCCAAUAGGAGACUUAUAUCAAUAAAUGAAGUUAAGCAACACCAAAAUGCAGAUGCAAUGUGGACUGUUCUUAAAGGCCAUGUCUACAAUAUAACACCAUACAUGAAGUUUCACCCAGGAGGUGUUGACAUGCUGAUGAAGGCCGUAGGAAAAGAUUGCACGGCACUGUUUAACAAAUACCAUGCCUGGGUUAAUGCUGAAUUUAUGUUGGAGAAAUGUCUUGUGGGCAUUUUGGAUGACAGCAAAUGAAGAAUCCUUGUUUCAUUGGUCCGGGAAACAACUGUAUCAGAUGAACAUUGUCACUACAAGAAGAUUGAACUUAAAUAAAUCAAAUUUUCUCUGUAUUAGCACCAGGAGUUCUCCUGUUCAUUGUCCUGAAAUUGAUUUCAAUUUAGUGUUGCGCUUACUUUGUUGCAACAACUGUUUUGGUAUUGUAAAUUGAGGCUAUUCACUCGAGAUAUUUAGAUCAUUACCAGAAAGACAUAAUUUAAAAAU